AUGACACAGGCUAAGGUUUUGGCAGAGCGGCACCAUGUGUCCCGCAACGCUAUUCAACGCCAGAACCGUGUUCGCCAAGGAGUCCAACACCACUCCUACCACCUCCAACAGCCAGGCUAUCCUUUCCAUUUGAAACAGCUGGCACCUAAUGGCACAAAUUUGUUUCACCAAAGUCCAUCCAAUCAGGAGGCUGAUGAGGACUGCUCCAGCAGAGGCACACCAAUAACUGUCUACGCUCUGUCUACCAUCUUUGCCAUUGGAGUGUCAAUUGCUUUGGUCCUGCAGAUUUACCUGGGUGAAAGUUUGGUAUGCAAUGCUGAUGCUAUAUCAAAGGUGAGUGGUGAGCAGCAAUCUCAAAGCUUCAAUAACACAUUCAUGCCACAUGGAAGACCUCUGAGUGCUGGUUCAUAUGUGAGGUUGCCUCGCCUGGCAGGAGUCCUGGAGGCUGGUUUGUUGAAUUUCUACCAUGGCAACCUAUCUCAAGAGAUUGUAGAUGAGGCACAAGCAAAUGGAGGCGUACUGAGCAGAGAAGACAUUGGUAACUACAGCGUGGAUGUAGAAAUACCCAUUGAAGCCCAGUACAAUGAUAAAGAGUUUAUAAUUCAAGUUCCUCCUCCUCCAUCUGCUGGUGCAGUGUUGCUAUCAGCUCUCAACUUGUUAGAGGGACUCCAUAUCAGCAAGAGCAACGUAACAGAAACUCAAACACGCCUCUGGAUCGCCGAGGCCCUGAAAACAGCUUUAGCUAUGGCCAGUGGUUUGGGUGACCCUAAUUAUAACUCUUCGGUGACUGAGGCGCUCUCUAACAUGCUGAGCAAGAGUCAGGCUGAAGUCUUCGGGCAGCAGCUGAAUUACUCCCACACAUCUCCAUCUGAGUACCUCUCCCCUAUCCACUCCACCCAAACAGAACUGGUGGCUGGACAGGUCACUGUCAUGGGACAAGAUAAGCUCAUUGUGUCUGUUGCAAGUUCCUUGAGCAGACCAUUUGGGAGCAGACUCGUAACUCGAUCAGGCAUCGUUCUUAACAGCCUCAUCCUUGAUUUUUCCUGGCCAAAUACAAGCAGAGAACAACUCCAAAUUAAUCAGGAAAACUGUGUCGAGCCAGGAAAGCGGCCCCUGUCGCUUCUCAUGCCCAUUAUAGUGGUGCCGGCUUUGCAUAAAUGUGGGAUCCACGUGGCAGUAAGCACCUCUGGUGAACAAAAUGCCCUGAGUGUGAUCACCCAGAUGCUGGUCAACCUCUUAUUCUUCCAUACAGAGAAAAAUGACAGCUUUUCCCUGACAGGGCUCCAUCACCAGUUUGAACCAAAUAAACUUCUUGUUCACUCUCAUUUUCAAGGAGACAGUGGGCAGAGUUUCCAUGCAAAGGCCCAUGCAGUUCAAAGAGUGAGGACAGAGGAGUCUUAUUAAGCCGCGGAGUGCCUCAGUUGACUGGUGGUUUAAUACAGUGUUGUUUUUCUCCUCAACUUUAUUCUUGAAAUAAAUAU